AUGCCUUCUAGCGGAAGCAAUACGAGUGCGAUGAACAUGGAUAAUUCGUCAAAAGGAGAGUAUGGGCGCCUCGCUAAACGAUCUCGCUCUUCACAAAACCCACCACCAUCUCUUGUCAACCAGUGGAACUCUGGGGAUGAUGAAUCUCCAAUGCCAUCAUCACAGUACAAUCCACUGGAUGAGCCUAGUCCAUUGGGCUUGCGGUUGAACAAGACUCAAUCUUUAUUAGAAUUGAUCGAGAAGAGGCUCUCCGAGGAAAAUAGUGCUUCUCUUACUGUGAAAUUUAGUAAAAAUCGUAACUCGCGAACCCAAAAGGAUGCAAAGAGAUCCACCACUUCAGGUGCAAAUGACAAGUUGAAGGCUUCAAAUUUUCCGGCUUCACUAUUGAGGAUUGGCAGUUGGCAGUAUGUGUCAAGUUUUCAAAAUGGACUGGUGGUGAAGUGUUACUUUGCAAAGCAAAGACUUGUGUGGGAAGUUCUCGAAGGUGGACUCAAGAGUAAAAUUGAAAUUAUGUGGUCUGAUAUAAUAGCUCUGAAGGCAAAUUAUGGUGAUAAUGGCCCUGGCACAUUAACUAUAGUGUUGGCUAGGCCACCCAUCUUCUUCAAAGAGAACAAUCCACAACCCAGAAAACAUACUAUUUGGAAGCGAACUCCUGACUUCACUGGUGGGCAAGCUAGCAUAAAUAGGAAGCAUUUUUUACAAUGCCCUCCAGGCGUGUUAAACAAGCACUAUCAAAAGUUGAUCCAGUGUGAUAGGCAUCUUUAUAUUUUGAGCCAACAGCUCGAGAUAAUUAUAGACUCGCCAUAUUUUGAAGCAUGUGCUUCUAUUAAUCCAGAAGAAUGCAGAGGUCGUGAAUUUGAUCAAGUGGCUGCUGCUCAAGGAUAUUCUCCCUCUAGCUUCCAGGAUGUAGAAUUAGCAGUUAUCACACAAUCACCUCCUUUAAUUUUUGGACAAAAUCCAAAUCGUGUGACCGUUGAAAACAUGUCUACUGAAACUUUGUCCUCCAGCUCAGUGAUGGAUACGAGUGCAACUGAAUGUAAUGGAAAUAGUGAAGGGCAUGGCUAUUUGGAGCAAAGAAGUUGGGAACAACUGAAGGUGCCAGACCUCCAUCCAUCUGUGAGGAUGAGUGAUCUAGAAAACAACAUUGGAAGUUGUAUAUCUGAACAAGUAACUUCUGGAUGUGUACCUUCAGACAAGACACCCGAAUUUUGGGAUGUAAUGGAAAACAUUAAACGAGAUUUACUUGGUGACACACAAAGUACGACCGUUCUGGAUGAGAAAUCUCUAUUGAAAAAGGUCGAUUCUCUCUCCUUCCUCCUGCGAGAUCCUGCCACAAGUUCCAGUGCGAAAGUAGAAAAAGGAAAUUACGAUGAAGGUGCUAAUUGUGGAAUAAAUGUUGCGCCCAAUCUCUCAAAUGACCCGCUGAUGCGUGAAAAGACAAGUAACGAUAUAUUUGUCUCUCAAGAAAACUGUAUGUCUGGUUUUGGUUGCAUGCCGAUGGCACCUUCCAUGUUGAGGAUAGAUUCAUUCGCAGAUUUUUAG